AUGGCUACAUCAUCUGCAUCCCCCGAUACAUCAGUACCAUCAGUGCCUCAAUCAAGGCCCAAAUACAACAUCCGCAACCCCCUUCCCCUCUCAGCGAAUCAGGAACAAGAAGUCCAGAAGCUCUUUCACAAACGCGUACGAGCUUACUGUGCUCCAGAAAUCAAGGCUUUUGCCGAAUGCGCUCGAGAUCGCACUGUCACCGCGACAUGGAUUUGCCGCCAACAGCGUCUAGCUAUGAAUUCUUGUAUGCUUGCCCAUGUUAAGCCGGAAGAAGAAGACCGCGCACGUGAGGAAUGGUUCGCAUCACAAGAAGAGCGACGCCGUGUGCGUGAUGAAGAACUUGCCAAUGUUGAAAAGCGCCGGGCAGAGGUCAUUAGUAUGAUGCGAGAAGAUGAGCAAAGGCAAAAGCUGGCUAAGGGGAGGUGA